AUGUCGAAGCCCGAGAUCCAUCAUCUUUUCCACAAUCCAAUUGCGGAUCACUCCUUCUCCGCCGACCACAGCACCCUCGCCGUUGCCCGAGACAAUGCCGUUGAGCUCUAUGGUCGGAGCGGCAAUGCGUUCAAGCUCCUGGAUGAGCUGAAAGGACACGACAAAACCGUCACUAGCGUUGAUAUUGCCCCAAAAAGCGGUAGAAUCGUGUCUUGCUCACAAGACCGCAAUGCCCUCGUCUGGGAACCCUCACCUACCGGAUACAAGCCCACCCUUGUCCUUCUUCGAAUCAGCCGAGCUGCCACCUUUGUGCGUUGGUCUCCUUCCGAGACGAAGUUUGCCGUCGGUUCUGGUGACCGUGUCAUCGCCAUCUGCUACUUCGAGGAGGAGAACGACUGGUGGGUCUCGAAGCACCUCAAGAAGCCCAUCCGCAGCACAAUCACCAGCGUUGACUGGCACCCUAAUUCAGUGCUUUUGGCCGCUGGAUCGACUGAUGCCCACGCCCGCGUCUUCUCUAGCUUCAUCAAGGGCGUGGACCAGAGGCCCGAGCCCACCGCUUGGGGUGAGAGACUGCCUUUCAACACCGUCUGCGGAGAGUACCUGAACAAUUCCGCCGGAUGGGUGCACUCUGUCGCCUUCUCCCCUAGCGGAAACACUCUGGCAUUUGCGGCACAUGACAGCAGCAUCACUGUCAUCUACCCCAGUGCUCCAGACCAACCUCCCGCUGCUGUUGUUACCAUCUCCACCCAGCUCCUACCCUUCAAGAGCUUGAUCUGGAGCAAUGAAGACGAAAUCAUCGCUGCGGGAUAUGAUUGCGAGGCCUUCCGAUUCCGUGGUGGAGAGACUGGCUGGCAACUCGCCGGCACAGUUGAGGCCAAGGGCCCGGCCCACGUUGAGAGACAGGAGGAGUCUGCUCUCCAGAUGUUCAAGCAGAUGGAUCUUAAGGGCAAGGCUAAGGAUGACACCCAGCUCAAGACUGUCCACCAGAAUACCGUGACCGUGAUCCGACCCUACCAGGCUUCUGAAAGCGGCGUCACUCAGUUCAGCUCGAGCGGUGUUGAUGGUCGUGUUGUCGUAUGGACCCUCUAG